CGCUGACAACAUGGCGACUACCAUGUGAGCCACGCUGGUGCUGGAGUAAACUCGUAAAGCUAAAUAAACGCACUUUUCUAAAGCUUUGAGUGAUAAGAAAUUAGUUAAAGAUGUCGGCUCGACACAAUAACAAGUUACCGACGAACCUCCCACAGCUGCAUAAUCUAAUCAAGAGGGAUCCGAAGUCUUACACGGAGGAGUUCUUGCAGCAGUAUCGUCAUUAUAACUCAAAUGUCGAGAUCUUUAAACAUCAGCCGGAUAAACCCAACAAAGAUCUGGCUGACCUGGUCAUGUUUCUUUCUCAAGUUGCACACUGUUACUUGGAAGAGCUGUCAAAGUUCCCACAGGAGCUAACUGACCUUCUCUUAAACCAUCACACAGUCCUGCAUCCAGAUCUUCGUAUGACGUUUUGUAGAGCCCUCAUUCUCCUGAGAAACAAAGAUCUGAUCAGCCCCACCAGUCUUCUGGAGCUGUUCUUCGAGCUUCUGCGCUGUCACGACAAACUGCUGCGAAAGACGUUAUACACGCAUAUCGUGACUGAUGUCAAAAAUAUUAAUGCCAAGCACAAAAACAACAAAUUAAAUACGAUCUUACAGAACUUCAUGUACACCAUGUUAAGGGAUUCAAACCCAAUCGCUGCCAAGAUCUCUCUUGAUGUGAUGGUUGAGUUGUACAGAAGAAACAUCUGGAAUGACGCUAAAACUGUCAACGUCAUCACCACAGCGUGUUUCUCCAAGAUUGCGAAGAUCCUUGUAGCUGCGUUGAAGUUCUUUAUUGGAAAAGAUGAAGAUGAAGCAAAAGACAGUGAUUCUGAAUCUGAGGAUGAAGGACCAACAGCCAGAGAUCUUAUGAUUAGAUAUUCCACAGGCAAGAAGUCGUCCAAAAAUAAGAAGAAAAUGGAGAAAGCCAUGAAAGUUCUUAAGAAACAUAAAAAGAAGAAAAAAGUUGAGGUCUUUAAUUUCUCCGCUAUACACUUGAUACAUGAUCCUCAAGAUUUCGCAGAGAAGCUGUUGAAGCAGUUGGAGAAGUCAAACGAGCGCUUUGAGGUGAAGAUCAUGUUGAUGGAGCUCAUCUCUAGGCUUGUAGGCAUUCAUGAGCUUUUCCUGUUUAACUUCUACCCGUUUGUCCAGCGGUUUCUACAGCCGCAUCAAAGAGAGGUGACUAAGAUUCUGUUGUGUGCUGCUCAGGCCUCUCAUCAGCUGGUUCCUCCAGAGAUCAUUGAGCCUGUUAUCAUGACCAUCGCCAAUAACUUUGUAACGGACAGAAAUUCUGGUGAAGUCAUGACAGUCGGAAUCAACGCUAUCAAAGAACUGGUGGCCCGAUGUCCUCUAUCUAUGUCUGAAGACCUUCUGCAAGAUCUGGCACUGUACAAAACCCACAAAGAUAAAAAUGUCGUGAUGUCUUCCAAAGCUCUUAUCCAGCUCUUCAGAAGUCUGAAUCCACAGAUGCUACACAGAAAAGACAGGGGAAAGCCCACAGAAUCUUCCAGAGAGGCCAAGAUUCAGAAUUACGGUGAACUGGAGGCCAAAGACUACAUCCCUGGAGCUGAAGUGCUGGAGGUGGAAGAGAAAGCAGAGGAGGAGGACGGUGAAGACGGCUGGGAAGUCGCCAGCAUGAGUGAAGAUGAUGAUGAAGAUGGAGAAUGGGUGAACGUGCAUCACUCCUCCGAUGAAGAUCAGACCGAAGUGACUGAGAAAUUGCAGAGUAUCCCUGAGGACGAGAGGAAAGCUAAAGCCACCGCGGUCAGCGCCAGCCGACUCCUCACGCAAGAGGAUUUCAAAAAGAUCAAAAUCGCCCAGAUGGCCAAAGAGGUCAACGCUGCACCCGGCAAGGGUCAGAAGAGGAAGAACGUAGAGAGCGAUGAAGAAAACGAGAGAGGCGAGAUACUUAGUCUGAGAGACAUUGAACGUCUUCACAAGAAACCCAAAUCUGACAAAGAAACUCGACUGGCAACAGCUAUGGCUGGCCGACCAGACAGGAAGGAUUUCGUAAGGAAGAAGAGUAAACUGAACCCGUUUGCCAGCACCAGUAACAAGGAAAAGAAACGAACGAAGAACUUCAUGAUGAUGAGACACAGCCAGAACGUGAGGACCAAAGGCAAACGCUCCUUCAGAGAGAAGCAGAUGGCAUUGAGAGAUGCUCUAUUGAAGAAGAGGAAACACAAGUAACGCCUGGUCUGGGCGUGAGGUGCGAGGACCGCUCUGUGUACAGAAGAUGCUUGUUUGUGUUGUACUGACCGACAUGUUGUCUUUUAAAUAAAUAUUUGAAAAAAUGAAACUGUUGCAUUACUUUUUUUUGGUUUAAGAACAAUGUUUUAAGAGUUUUCAAAUACUGAAAUACUCAAAGAAUUUGAAACGCACAUGAGUACAACUGUACAAUCUGUAACGCACAUAAAUGUGAGGCAUUUGUGUGUGUGCAUUGUGGCUUAAUUAUUUUUUGUAAUAAUCGUCUACAAUGAAAGUUGUUCUGAACAACAUUAACAGCAUUUGCUGUAAAUAUGGAAAGCUGUAAUUUCGUUUUGCAUCAUUUCACUUGAUUUAAAUUGGUAUAUUUUUUAUCUUGCAACAUUGUCUUGCGAAUUUCGUUUCAGUGCCCACAAAUUCAACUCCUUUCAUGUGAUAUUUAGAAGCAACAGAACAUCUUUCGAUGGAUUAUUUUGUGUAUUUGAGUUUCCCGCAUUAUAGAUUGAGGGGUAUAGAUUUCUUCCUGAUGUUUUCAGCAUUGGUGUAUGAUCUGUGUUGAUAUUUGCAUGCGUGAUGUAAGUGGACUCGUGUAGAUAGUUGUGUCAGCUUGCAAAACAUCCCCUGAGGUUUCGACACACAUCAGGAUAAUUCGAGAAUUCAUUCGUGCAGGUGAAGAACAUUUUGUGUUUACAUUCUUACUUGCAUGUUUAUCGUUGUUUUUAAGUCGCUGUUUGGUUUUCUUUUUUUAGCAGUCGGAAGAGCGAUCAAUGGCAGGAUUUGAGAACUCCACAAUUUCUCAGGUGGAUCUUCAAGCAAACGUUACAUCACAGUCAACAUUGCAAUGGGACCUUAUCAAGAUUUUCACAUUGAGCUUCAGUUUUCUGUUUGGUCCUCCGACACACAUCUACAUCAUUUGGCUUAUUUUCUCUGGAGGAAGAAUUGUAUCAGAUUUUCUACACCUCAAUCUUUCUGCCUGUGAGGUCAUUAUUUCUCUGACAUGUCUCUUGUAUUGGGUGGAUGUAAUGUUUCCGCAGCUCUCCGUGUUGAGAUUCUCUGAAGGACUGCUAAGCACCGGCCGUCCUCUGUUUCAGUGUCUGAUGUGUGUGGAGCGUUACCUGGCGGUGGUUCAUCCUGUAACCUUUCUGAAGUACAAACCUCUCAGAUACAGACUCAUGUGUGCUGCGCUUCUGCCUGGAUCACAAGUUUUGGCUCUUGUGUGUUUACAGUAGUUUCACACAAUAAAGUUUAUAUGUUUGGUCUACUGUUUCGGUUUUUCCUUUUUCUUUGCAUAAACCUGUACUGUUGUGUGGCUGUUCUUAGAGCUCUGAAGCAGUCAGGACCAGGAGAGAGAGAGAGAGAGAGAGAGAGGAGGAAAACCACAUGAAGAGAAGAGCGUUUCAUCUCAUUCUCAUAACUACAGUAACCGUGCUUAUCUUAUUUGUCCCUACAAUUAUCGUAGGAUGCCUUUGUUUUCUCACAGCGGGAUGUUUCAAAUUUUACAUCGGCUAGUUUUUCAUUUUUAAUUAUUGCUGGUUUUGUUCAACCUGUUCUGUAUUUGUAUGGAAAUGGAAAACUGCUCUUUUGCCGAAAAUGCAACUUCCAAAUUCCAAAGUAACCUUUAUUAAAAUGGCAUUCAUGUUUUUCAGAUUACUGUAAUUUUAGUAGCAGUAGAAACGCUGUCAAACCAACAAGUUUUCUUAAAACUGUGAAACUAGUAAGUUAGUCACACAGUUAAAGUCCUUUUGUUUUAAAAGAACACCAAUGCAAGUCUUGUUCUUUUAACAUUAAACGAUAUCUCUGACACAAGGUCACUGUGUUUCUAUGUCAGACAUAUCAAUGCAUUUAUACACAGUACACACAUACAGCAGGCUCUUUAUUCUUAUAUUUAUCUUCAAUUCUAUCGAAUUCCAUUAUUACAUGCUUUCGCAAUCACUGAAAUGCCAAAUUAAACUGGAUCAUGUGUGUGUAAAUGCUUAUUUAUUUUAUAGACUUUAAGCUGAAAACUUUACUUUUAUGCAAUAGUAAAGUGUAGUCUUUUCUAUGUAAAUGCUUUAAAUGUGUACUUGGCUAUAAACCCACACGAGUCACUUGUAAUAUUUGCAUCUCUGCUGUGAUGAUAUUGGUAUGUAAAUCUAUGUUAAGUUUGUGUAGUUGCCAAUAAACAAUCACACCUAAUUUGU